UUAUAAAUUAAAUUAUUUGUAAUCAGAUGUUUAAUGUUUGUUUACUGUCAGCAGAGGGAGAAACACCUCAAACACUUCCUCAUACAAUAGUGACGUCACAGAUGAAAGUGAAAGUAAAUUGUUUCGUGUUUAUCUUCCGCCAUUUUAAACAGGUAGAGUUGAUUUCUUAACAUAUCGAUGAUCAAAGUGAUUAAUAUAACAUGUAUAAACAGCUUUACAUGUAUUUUUGUGUGUGUAGUUGAUGUAAAAGUUGUAGUAUUUUGAGAAAGUGAAUCCAGUCAGAUUGUGAUGACAGCGAGUGUUCAGGUGUGUUCAGUAUCAGUUGUGGAGAUCAGAUUGAUCAGAUUCACGUCUGCAGCUCCAUCAUGGAUCAAACACAAACAUCAACACAUGAAGAUUUUUCUCCAGGAUGCAGUUCAGAUCACCAGAAGAGAUCAGAUCCAGAGAUCAGCUGUGUGUCUAUGAAGAGUGAUCGGUCUAUGGAGCGGCCAAUACACUUUAAGAAUCAAAACAAUUUCAGACCAGUCAAAACAGAAGUCAUCUGUAAAAAGAGGAAAAUUGAUGAGACUAUCAAUCAAGCACAAGAUUAUGAUGUAAACACGUGUCCUGGAUUCAGUUCAGAUCAUCAGAAGAGAUCAGAUCCAGAGUUCAGCUGUGUGUCUAUGAAGAGUGAUCGGUCUAUGGAUUGGCCAUUACACUUCAAAUCUGAUGAUAGAGGGCCUGCUAUUAGCUCAAUCCUGCCAUCAAGACCAGAAGUCAUCUGUAAGAAGAGGAAAAUCGAUAAGACUCUUAAUCAACCACAAGAAUAUAAUGUAAACAUGUGUCCUGAAUUAAGCUAUGAACAUCCUAAUAAAAUCCUAAACACAUUCAGAUCAAAUCUGAGGAAGAAGUUUGAGUGUUUGUAUGAGGUAACAUCAAAUAAGAGAAACCCAACACUACUGAAUGAGAUCUACACAGAGCUCUACAUCACAGAGAGUGAAAGUGGAGAGAUCAGUAAUGAACAUGAGGUGAGACAGAUUGAGACACAAUCCAGAAGAACAACAACAGAGGAGACAUCAAUCAAAUGUAAUGACAUCUUUAAACCUUUACCUGAACAAGACAAACACAUCAGAAGUGUGCUGACAAAGGGAGUCGCUGGCAUUGGAAAAACAGUCUCUGUACAGAAGUUCAUUCUGGACUGGGCUGAAGAGAAAGAGAAUCAGGACGUCCACCUCAUAUUUCCACUUCCUUUCAGAGAGAUCAAUUUGAUGAAGAACAAAACACUCAGUCUUUUAGAUCUUCUUCAUCAUUUCUUCCCAGAGACAAAAGAAAUGAAAAUCUCCAGUGAUGAAUAUAAAGUGUUGUUCAUCUUUGAUGGUUUGGAUGAGUGUCGUCUGUCUCUGGAUUUUCACAGCAGUGUGAGGUUGUGUGAUGUAAGUGAAUCAACCUCAGUGGACGUGAUGCUGACAAACCUCAUCAAGGGGAAUCUGUUUCCCUCUGCUCUCAUCUGGAUCACCUCCAGACCAGCAGCAGCUGAUCUCAUCCCCUCUGAGUGUGUUGAUCGAGUCACAGAGGUACGAGGAUUCACUGAUCCACAGAAGGAGGAAUACUUCAGGAAGAGAAUCAGAAAAAAGAGACUGGCCAUCAGCAUCAUCUCACACCUGAAGUCAUCCAGGAGUCUCUACAUCAUGUGUCACAUCCCAGUCUUCUGCUGGAUUUCAGUCACUGUUCUAGAGAGAAUGUUGAGUGAAGCAAAGAGAAGAGAGAUCCCCAAGACUCUCACUCAAAUGUACACACACUUCCUGAUCAUUCAGACAAACAUCAAACAUCAGAAGGACUAUGAGAAGAAAGAUGAAGAGAUGAUCUUCAAACUGGGGAAACUGGCUUUUAAGCAGCUUGUGAAAGGCAAUCUGAUCUUCUAUGAUGAAGACCUGAGAGAGUGUGACAUUGAUGUAGCAGAAGCAUCAGUGUACUCAGGAUUGUGUACUCAGAUCUUCAGAGAGGAGUUUGGUUUGUAUCAGGGGAAAGUUUACUGCUUUGUUCAUCUGAGCAUUCAGGAACAUCUAGCAGCUCUUUAUGCUCACAUCUCCUUCACAAACAACACCACAAAUGUGUUUAAAUCAGUUUGGUUUUCUAUAACUUUAAAACAGGAUUCAUUAUUUGAGUUACAUCAUCGAGCUGUAUAUGAAUCUUUAGAGAGUAAGAAUGGACAUCUGGAUCUUUUCCUGCGUUUUCUUCUGGGUCUUUCACUGGAGUCCAAUCAGAUUCUCUUACAGGAUCUACUGACACAGAUGAGAAGAUGCUCCUACAAGAAAGAGAAAACUGUUAAGUACAUUAAACAGAAGAUGAAUGAGAAUCUGUCUACAGAGAAAUCCAUCAAUCUGAUUCACUGUCUGAAUGAACUGGGUGAUGAUUCACUGCUGCAGGAGAUUCAACAUUAUGUGAAAUCUUCAUCAGUAGGAAACACCAAACUCUCCUCUUCACAGUGGGCAGCUUUAGUUUUUGUGUUGUUGAUGUCUGAGCAGCAUUUGGAUGAACUUAAUCUAAAACCAUUUAUUGGAGAUAAAAAUACAGCAGAUGAAGUUCUUGUGAGACUGCAGCUUGUGAUUAAAGAAACCAAAAAACUCAAGUUGUAUGGUUGUGAUAUCACAGAUGAAGGUUGUGUUGCUCUGACUUCAGCUCUGAGAUCAAACCCAUCACACCUGACACAUCUGGAUCUGUCUUAUAAUAAUCUCACAGAUUCAGGAGUGAAGCUGAUCUCUGAUGUACUGAAGAAUCCUGACUGUAAACUGAAGAUACUGUGGUUGUGGAGGUGUGAUAUCACAGAUGAAGGUUGUGUUGCUCUGACUUCAGCUCUGAGAUCAAACCCAUCACACCUGAGAGAACUGUAUCUGUCUGAUAAUAAACUAAGAGAUUCAGGAGUGAAGCUGAUCUCUGAUGUACUGAAGAAUCCUGACUGUAAACUGGAGAUACUGAGGUUGUGUAGUUGUGAUAUCACAGAUGAAGGUUGUGUUGCUCUGACUUCAGCUCUGAGAUCAAACCCAUCACACCUGAGAGAACUGGAUCUGUCUCUUAAUUAUCUCACAGAUUCAGGAGUGAAGCUGAUCUCUGAUCUAAAAGAUGAUCCACAUUAUAAACUACAGACAGUAUGUGUUUGGCCUAAGAAACGACGGUAAAGAUGUCUGAUCUUCAGUAUGAUCUGAUAGUGAAUAAGAAGACACAAUAGUGACAUCACUUCCUCUUAACCGUAUGAGUUGAUUAUUCAGUACAGGAUCUGAUCUGUGACUUUAUCUAAAUCUGACUUUGAAGUGUUGGAGGUAAAUCUUCAUCCUAACUCAGCUUCUGUCUACACAUUUCCUAUAAGAGCGAUUUAUCAGUCAGUGUAAGAGGAGCAAGAAAUCUCAUAGGAUCAUAAACUGAAGUAAAUACUGACAAGAUUCCUCUUCUUCUACACUGUUGGGGUUUUUAACUUCAUCUUAAACUGAAAUGUGUUCAAGUUCAGCACAACAUUGAAGACUCGCAGCUCAUUUAUCUCUAAAUCCAAAUAUUGGACGUCUUGACUUUUGUGUUCUUCAGGAUCUGACUGCAGGACUUUUUGAUGAUUAUGUGAUCAAUUUGAAAUCAUUGAAAUCAGAUUUGUCUCAGAGAAGACAGAAGAGCAUUUCUGGAUCUUGUUUUCAUUGGGCUUCUUCUUUGCAUGAUAAAGCUUUAAGCAGCAUUUGUGGAUGAUAAAGUGAAUUGUGUUAACAGACAGUGAUUUCUGGAGGUGUUUCUGAUCUCAUGCAGUGAUUUUCAGGACUGAAUCAGGUCUGUGUUUCAUUCAGUGAGGACAUCACAGACAUCUAAUAUUGAUUUUACUCCCUCACACACAGAGAUUGUUUGAAUAUUUUGAUGAUAUUAUUAGUAGGUCAGUGUCCUUCCUUCAUAAUGUUUUUAAACACCUGAUUCAACUCAUCAGACUCCUUCCAGAAUCAUUGAAAUGUCUCCAUA